GCAGGGCUGAGACCAUGGAGGCCGUGGUGAUGGCCGUGGCUGUGGAGUUCCUGCUGCUGGCCGGGGCGGGGAGCUUGGCUGGCGACGAGGCCCGGGAAGCGGAGGCCGUGCGGGCACUCGUGGCCCGGCUGCUGGGGCCCGGGCCGGCGGCAGACUUCUCGGUGUCAGUGGAGCGCGCCCUGGCGGCCGAGUCGGGCUUGGACACCUACAGCCUGAGCGGCGGCGGCGGCGCGCGGGUGCGUGUGCGCGGCUCCACGGGCGUGGCGGCCGCCGCAGGGCUGCACCGCUAUCUGCGCGACUUCUGCGGCUGCCAUGUGGCCUGGUCAGGCUCCCAGCUGCGCCUACCGCGGCCGCUGCCCGCUGUGCCGGAAGAGCUGACCGAGGCUACGCCCAACAGGUACCGCUAUUACCAGAACGUGUGCACGCAAAGCUAUUCCUUCGUGUGGUGGGACUGGGCCCGCUGGGAGCGAGAGAUUGACUGGAUGGUGCUGAAUGGCAUCAACCUGGCCCUGGCCUGGAGUGGUCAGGAGGCCAUCUGGCAGCGGGUUUACCUGGCCAUGGGUCUGACCCAGUCAGAGAUUGAUGAGUACUUUACUGGCCCUGCCUUCCUGGCCUGGGGGCGCAUGGGCAACCUGCACACCUGGGGCGGUCCCUUGCCUUUCUCCUGGCACCUCAAGCAGCUUUACCUCCAGCAUCGGAUCCUGGACCGGAUGCGCUCCUUCGGCAUGAUCCCAGUGUUACCUGCAUUUGCAGGCCAUGUCCCCAAGGCAAUCACCAGGGUAUUUCCUCAGGUCAAUGUCACCCAGCUGAGUAGUUGGGGACACUUCAACUGCUCCUACUCCUGCUCCUUCCUUCUGGCUCCAGGAGACCCCAUAUUCUCCCUCAUUGGGAGCCUCUUCCUACGGGAGCUGACCAAAGAGUUUGGCACAGACCACAUCUAUGGGGCUGACACUUUUAAUGAGAUGCAGCCCCCCUCCUCAGAGCCCUCUUACCUCGCUGCAGCCACCACUGCCGUCUAUGAGGCCAUGAUAGCAGUGGACCCUGAUGCUGUAUGGCUGCUCCAAGGCUGGCUCUUUCAGCACCAACCCCAGUUCUGGGGACCCACCCAGAUCAAGGCUGUACUAAGGGCUGUGCCUCUUGGCCGCCUCCUGGUACUGGACCUGUUUGCCGAGAGCCAGCCAGUAUAUAGCCGCACAGCUUCCUUCCAGGGCCAGCCCUUCAUCUGGUGCAUGCUGCAUAACUUUGGGGGCAACCACGGCCUCUUUGGAGCCCUGGAGGCUGUGAACCAAGGGCCUAAAGCUGCCCGCCUCUUCCCCAACUCCACUAUGGUAGGCACGGGCAUGGCCCCCGAAGGCAUCAACCAGAACGAAGUAGUCUAUGCCCUCAUGGCUGAGCUGGGCUGGCGGAAGGACCCAGUGCCAGAUUUGGUAGCCUGGGUGACCAGCUUUGCUGACCGGCGGUAUGGGAUCUCCCACGGGGAUGCAGAGGCAGCAUGGAGGCUGCUGCUCAGGAGUGUCUACAACUGCUCGGGUGAGGCCUGCAGUGGGCAUAAUCACAGCCCGCUGGUCAAGCGACCAUCCCUACAGAUGAAUACCACGGUCUGGUACAACCGAUCAGAUGUGUUUGAGGCCUGGCGGCUGCUGUUAACAAGUGCUCCAACCCUGGCUGCCAGCCCUAUCUUCCGCUAUGACCUGCUGGACAUCACUCGCCAGGCAAUCCAGGAGCUGGUCAGCUUAUAUUAUGAGAAGGCGAGAACUGCUUACCUGAAUAAGGAGCUGGUUCCCCUCCUGAGGGCUGGGGGUCUUCUGGCCUAUGAACUUCUGCCUGCACUGGAUGAAGUACUGGCUAGUGACAACCACUUCUUACUGGGCAGCUGGUUGGCACAGGCCCGGGCAGUGGCCAUCAGUGAGGCUGAGGCCAAUUUCUAUGAACAGAACAGCCGCUACCAGCUGACCUUGUGGGGACCAGUAGGCAACAUCUUAGACUAUGCUAACAAGCAGCUGGCAGGACUUGUGGCUGACUACUACGCCCCCCGCUGGCAGCUCUUCAUGCAGGCACUGGGGAACUGCUUAGCUCAGGGUAUCCCUUUUCAACAGCGCCAGUUUGACAAGAAUGUUUUCCCUCUGGAGCAGGCUUUUGUCCUCAACUCCAAGAGGUAUCCCAGCCAGCCUCAAGGAAACACUAUGGACUUAGCCAAAAAGAUCUUCCUCAAAUAUUAUCCCCAGUGGGUGGCUGGCUCUGUGAUAGAUCAACCACCCCUGGCCCAUAUUCUUCCGAAGCUCUAGGCUUGGGCAGGUUUCCAGGGCCUAGAGCUGGAUAAGCAUCAUAGAACAUGUCCGUAGGCCUGGGAGAAGGACCCAGAGCCUGCUAGCAGCAUCAGACCUGGGGGACUUAGAAGGAAGUUUGGGAUUAAAGUACUGUUUUCUGUCAAUUUAAUAAACUGAUGAAUUAUGGCCACCCAA